ACGAUUUCAUGACGUAUCUACAGCUGUUAAAAAUAUUUGCCGGUGUAAAAGAUAAUCAAAUUAUCCUUGAAAAAUUAUUUUUGUUUACAGAAAAAAUAAAAGAAAUGUGUCGAAUUUCAUUCCUGACAAUUUUUUAUCUAUUCUCUAGUGUUACAGCUGCGACUCUUGAAACAGUUAGUGAUGAGGAUCUUUUAAAUCUUAUAAAAACAGAAAAAUAUGUCGUAACAUUAUUUACAAAAAAGGACUGUGAACUAUGUGAUGAUGUUGAAAAACAACUGUUACAUAUAAGAGAAGACUUAGUUGAUUCAUUAUCAGCAUGGGUAGUGAGGGUAAUAAACAGCCAAAUGCUUAGGUUAUAUAGCCCUAAUAAAGAACCUGCAAUAGUCUUUUUUAGACAAGGAAUACCUUUAUUAUAUGAUGGUCAAAUAGAAGAUGAAGAAAUUUUAACAACUCUUAUAGAAAAUAAAGAACCUAUAGUUAAAGAACUUACAGAUGAUACUUUUGAACACUUAACACAAGCAAGCACCGGUGCUACUACUGGAGAUUGGUUUAUCAUGUUUUAUAGUACAGAUUGUGUCGAUUGCCAAAGACUAGGAGCACGUUGGGAAGCUGUUGGUGCUAAACUAAAACAAAGAAUUAAUGUUGCUCGGGUUAAUAAAUAUUCGACUGGAGCUUCAACAGCUCGACGAUUUGGAGUUUACGAAGUUCCUCAAUUUAUUUUAUUUAAACAUAGUAAAAUGUAUCGUUAUUUAAUUCCCAAACAUGAUGUGAAAUCAUUUGUAUCAUUUGCCAAAGAGUGGUUCAAAAAUGCUCAUGGAGAAAAAGUGCCUGUGCCUCAAAGUCCAUUUGACGAUUUAACUCAAAUGAUAGCUCAUUUCUUAAUAGAAAAUCCUUGGAUAUUAAAACUUGGUAGUAUCACUGUUGGUGUGCUAAUAAUUGUAACGGUAGCGAGUAAACUUAGAAGAAAGGCUGAAGUACCACAACAGAAAAAAGAUACAUAAAAUAUAUAUUAUCUUUUUUAAUUGAAUGUACAUAUGGGUAAACAAAUAUAA